GGUGGUGGGAAUAGCGACGGUGGUGGUGGUGGUGAGUCGAGCAACUGCGCAGAUCCGAAAGUCUCUCAGCCGCGAGUACGUAACCAAACUCCGAUUUAGUGAGGACUGACUGUUCCCGUUUGCAGUGCAGCUCGAAAUCUCAGGGAGAAACCGCGGGUCUUUCGUCCUCUCCUUCUUCUGUCCCUCUCUAUCUACGUCUAUCUGUCUCUUUCUCUCUACCCUUUCUCUCGCUGUCACGUUCGUACGCUUACUCCCUCUGUGUCUCUCCCUGUCUCUCCCUCUACUUUCUCAACCGUUGCUUCUACGGUGCCUUUUGUUUUUGUUUCGCUCGCCGCGACAAAGUACGUCCUUCGCGUUUUUUAUUCGCGGCCCGUCUAUCUAUCCGGACGAAAUACGUGCGCGAGUCGAGCGUCUAUGAUCCUUUCGCUGGUCGGAAGGGAUCGUCAAUCGACGUUGUUCGAGAGACCGUGACGGGUUUUCGGUACAGGAGCGGUCAUCGUGUCUCGUGCGAAUUCCAAGUGGUUCCCCAUGGGCAGUCACGUGGCUGGCCAGUGAUUCGAGAGCAGACGCGACGUUGAUUUCGCUUUGGACGACUCGUCUCUCUGUGCCCAGGAUGAAACGUGCGUGUGCCAGUUGAUCACCGGUUCCCUGGACGUUGGACGACCCGUGCCAGCGGGAUUGGACCCGCAGGACGUCUGCCGUGUGUGCGAGGAAUCGACGUCGGGGCCAGGUCGAUGUGCACAACUCCGGGGGAACGUGCUGAAACUCCACGUCUGUCAGUGGUAGUUCCAGUGGAGGAGGAGUUCAUAUGGAAUGGCAUCACGUGGCCCCACGGCGACGACGCUGCCAGUCGCGAUAGCGAUGGCCGUCGCGAUGUCAGUGAUGACGAACGGUCUCUGUCCGACGCAAUGUCGCUGCGACGACGACACCUUGAGCGCAUCCUGCGCUUACGCGGGCCUGGAGGUCGUUCCGAUCCAAUUGAAUCCGGAAAUCAAGCACCUGGAUCUGUCCAACAACCGUGUCGGGAACAUUCACCUCUCGUUUGGGUUCUACGGUAACCUGGAGACCCUCGAUCUCACCUCGAACGCCAUCCACACGUUGGGCUCGGACAACUUCGUCUUCCAGAAGAACCUGGUCGCCCUGAACGUGAGCGACAACGCGGUCAGAGCGUUGGCGAAGAACGCGCUUCAAGGUAUGAACAUUUUGAAGGAGCUGAACCUGGCCAGCAACAACAUCUCCGAAAUGGACGAGCAAGCGUUCAAGAGCACCAGCGAGCUAGAAGUCCUGAAUCUCAGCGACAACCCAAUCACCAGUUUGCCCGAGGGCCUGCUGAGGAAUCUGCACAAGAUUCGCACCCUCGUUCUGAACAGAAACUCGCUGCUCGAGAUCCCGACGGACAAUUUGGCACUGGCACCCAGUCUGGAGAACGUAGACCUGUCCGACAAUCUGAUCCAGGAGCUGGACAGGGACUCGUUGCCCUCGUUGCCGUCGUUAGUCUCGCUGGAUCUCGCGAACAACGUUAUCAGAAACAUCGCUGACGACGCGUUCGACCGUCUGCCGGGCCUGUUGCGUCUGGACCUAUCGGGAAACAAUCUGACGUCCGUGCCCACGUCUUCGCUGGCCAGGCUGAACGUUCUGUCGCACCUGGUGCUCAGUCGUAACCCCCUGGGCAGCCUCGAACCGGUCGGAUUUAGGAAUCUCUUCGAACUGAGGAGCCUCGAGUUGAACGACUGCACGAUCGUGAGCGUUCACGCGAGGGCGUUCGCCGACAACGUGAAUCUCGAGCGAAUCUCGUUGGACGGGAAUCGGGGGCUGAAGGAGCUACCCGCUAGGGUUCUUUACAGUGCCAGAUAUCUGAAAUGGGUGUCCCUGCGUCGGUGUAGCCUCUCCACCCUGCAACCCACGCAGUUCCCCGUGGACGGGCUGUCCGCUCUACGAGUCGGCGGCAAUCCCCUCGUCUGCAAUUGCUCCGUGCAUUGGCUGUGGAACGUUAUCAGGGCGGAGGAACGACGGAACGAGUCGAGGCUCGAACUGGAUACCCGCGAUAUCAUCUGCAGCGACGACGAGUUCGCUGGGAAAGCGUUGAUCGCCCUAUCGGAGGGCUCGCUACGUUGCCGUCUGAGUCCUCUCUAUCUGUCGUUGUCGGCCGCCGGCUGUCUGGCCGCGACGGCGACCAUUCUGGCGCUGAUAGCGCAUCUCACGAGGACGAAGAGGAAGAAACGGAUGGCGUACGCCGCCCCUAAUCGCCCCGAGUUCCUGGUUUACGUCGGCAGAAACAACGACGAGAUGGACAAGAACGCGGAGUCGUACAGCAGACGUUUGCUGGCAAGGAGCGAGGACACCCCCUACGACACGCCGCGCGGCAAGAUCGGCCAGCCGAGUCCACCUCAGUCCCAGGACACGAACAUUUACGAGACCCCCAAGUACAACCGCGUCUCUAGACGAGACGGAGAACAGCCGUAUCGCGGCCAAACGGAAGAGGGUGUGUACGCGGUGGCGGACGUGACCGAUCUCCGCGACGAGCCACCGGAAGUGAUGUCCCUCUAUCGCAUGCAGAGUCCCGCUGCGCCCAGGUCCAACGGACACCGGCUGGACUACGGUUACGACUACGAUUACGAUUACGAUUACGAACCGCCGCUUCCCGAGAAGCCCCACGUCGUGUUUGUCUGAACGCCUUUGGGGACCUGUUACGUUCCGUCGUAGCGCGAAUCGAGUCUCGAGUCUCUGGAGCAGUGGUUCUUAUUAUUUUCGAACUCUUGGCAGAGUUUCGAAGUGGCCAGUCUUUCUGGAUGAGGUUACACAGGAUAAACUUAAUUAUAGUCGAGAGGAUACAAUUUGCCGAUUCGAGUGAGCUGUUGGAAGGAUGGAAAGAAUGGAAUUUACUUCUAGAGUGGGUUAUGUCUCGUUCUAGGUACGCUCGGCGACCGUACUUCGAAGCGGUGCCGUACGCGUGAUCCGUAGAAUUUGUUGUAUUUUUCAUUAUACCUUUGAGAGUAGUAAUAUCGGUGAAUCGACAAGAUCUCCUGCCAGAGAUGAGCCCAAACUCGACCUCGUUCGUACUGAAAUGGCGUGUCUGCCAUCGUGGUCUGCAAACUAGGUCGUUUACGCCCACUCCAAGCUUUUAUUUUUAUGUUCUAAGCUUAAAAAAAAAGAAUACGUGGAAAAAAUUGGGAUUAUAUUUUGAAGUUUCCAGAACAUCAUCCGAUAGUCGUGAAAGUGGAAUUAGGACGGGGAAGGGUUUUCUGCCCAUCUUCGUUUCGCAGGAACUUGAGAGCAAAAGUUAGCUCAGAUUUUCCAUGACCCAGUUCGCACACAGAGGAUUAAAUAAUUCAAUAAUAAAUUGCUAGUGAAUUAUAACUCCAAGGAAAAGGAACAAGUUGGUUCGAAAGGAGCAUCAGCUGAAACGUAAACAUGUAUUAAAAUUCUUCUUAAAGUUUCUUUGUUCCAGACUAAAAUUAACUGACGCUUUGUUUGGGAACAG